ACAGCGUCCCAGUUUCCGGUUCCGGCAGCACCAGGAUCCGAGUCGAGAUGGAGGAAGAUGCGACCGGAGGCUUCCAGUCGCUGGGAACGGGGAGUCCAGCUGGGGCUGCGCCCUAGAGGUCCGGGCGUGGAGUGCGCCUCAGACGCGGGGGAACCUCCGGGGUCUGAGAAGGAGCGUGAGAUUCGCUGACAGCGACGGAGCUGGCGAGGGGCAGAUCUGAGGACCCAGCAUCAGCUGCGGGGGGCCAGGACGGAAGAUGCAUAAAGGAGAGUGUCACAUGGAGUGCAUGGAGAGGCUGUCACGUGGUGUCUGUGAUGCGUGAUCCCGUGGGCACCUAAGGAAGACCAAAGAAGGCCGGUUCCUCAGGCGAGAUGGAGGACAAACGCAACAUCCAGAUCAUCGAGUGGGAACACCUGGACAAGAAGAAGUUCUACGUGUUUGGCGUAGCCAUGACGAUGAUGAUCCGCGUCAGCGUCUACCCGUUCACCCUCAUUCGCACGCGCCUGCAGGUUCAGAAGGGCAGGAGCCUCUACCACGGGACCUUUGACGCCUUCAUCAAGAUCCUGCGGGCAGACGGGGUGACCGGCCUGUACCGGGGCUUCCUGGUCAACACCUUCACCCUCAUCUCUGGCCAGUGCUACGUCACCACCUACGAGCUCACCCGGAAGUUUGUAGCCGACUACAGUCAGAGCAACACAGUCAAGUCCCUGGUGGCUGGCGGCUCGGCCUCCCUGGUGGCCCAAAGUAUCACGGUGCCCAUCGACGUGGUGUCUCAACACCUGAUGAUGCAGCGCAAGGGCGAGAAAAUGGGCCGCUUCCAGGUGCGUGGGAACCUAGAAGGACAGGGGGUCGUUGCCUUUGGCCAAACCAAGGACAUCAUCAGGCAGAUCCUGAGGGCCGAUGGGCUUCGAGGCUUCUACCGAGGCUACGUGGCUUCGCUACUUACCUAUAUCCCAAACAGCGCCGUCUGGUGGCCCUUCUACCACUUCUAUGCAGAGCAGCUCUCGCACCUGUGCCCUAAGGAAUGUCCACACAUCGUCCUCCAGGCCGUCUCCGGGCCCCUGGCUGCCGCCACUGCCUCCGUCCUCACCAACCCCAUGGACGUAAUCCGGACCCGUGUGCAGCAGAACCAGCCCCUGACUCCAGUCUGGCUCCCCACCUGCACCCGAGGCAGAGGCAGAGCCAGAGCCAGAGCCAGGAGGAGCAGAGGGGCUCUGACCGCCGUGGGCCGUGAUCCGCCACCUGUGGACUUUUGCAGGUUGAAGGCAAGAGCUCCAUCAUUCUAACCUUCAGACAGCUGAUGGCGGAAGAGGGGCCCUGGGGCCUCAUGAAGGGGCUCUCGGCCAGGAUCAUCUCAGCCACGCCCUCCACCAUUGUCAUUGUGGUGGGCUACGAGAGCCUCAAGAAGCUCAGCCUGCGUCCCGAGCUGGUGGACUCCAGGCACUGGUAGACGCCGAGGCUGAGCAGCUUGCGUUUCCCACACUACUCCGGGCUAGGGCAAAGCAGGGAGCGAGUGCACUCUCCUCCGAUGUCCCCCGGCCACGUGGCCGGUCCAGGACGGGGCGGAGCCUGUGAACUGCUCUUGCUGAAGAGGUUCCACGCCUGGCCCCCUGCCCCUGCUAUUUUUAAUUCUCCUGAACUGGGCCGCCUCAUGCAGUCCCCGUGCUCCAUCCGACCGACCGAGGAUCUCACCCCACCUCCAUCCUGCUGGCUCCUCCCUCUUCCUGCUGCACGGUCCUGAGAUGCUGAGAAGGGCCUCGAACUCAGCCUGCUUACUACCACUGGUUCCAGCCCACAUGCCUAAGCAGCUGCUCCCAGCCCUCCCGCUUCAUCUCUUACACCUGCUUUUUAAAAUCUGGGACUGACCUUCUGUUCCCUGCCUCUUGGGGCAAGUGCCCAGGCACCUUUGCACAGGGACUGUGGCUCUGCAGAGCCCUCGUCCUCUCUAGAGGAGUCGUUAGGGUAGGGACAAAAGUGAAUACUAGUUUAUUUUUUGUGUGUGUUUUUUAAACAUCUGUGAACUAAGCUAUGGUCUUAGUCCUGCUGUCAGAGCCUACCCUUCCUCAGACAGGUAGAAAUGUCAUAUAGCUUCUCCCUUGACCCGUUUCCUGUCCUGUAUCCUUUCAGCAUCCCAUUGGUCCCAGCAGCCCUGAGCUGUUGACUUCCCCAGGGCCAGGGGACUACAGUGGGAGGGACAGGCUGUCUGGGGCACACUGGAGUUGGAGCACCAUCUGGAAAAGUCUGGUUGAGAGAGCAGUUGGUUUGCAAAGCAACAAGAGGCCACAUGUCACCUACCACUUCUCCUCAGGCCACUGAGCCAAGCCUAGGAGAAAAUGGUGGAGGUUCUCACCACAGGCAGCUGAGGGACACACGACACCCCAGUCGCCAGACUGGGCACAGAGUUGUCUCACCAUGCAAGUUUUUGAGGUGUGGAAUGUUGUUUUCCUCUCCCUGGAUAUGAAAUCUUCCUCGACACAGCACCCAUGCUUGCAAGAGAAUAAGGAAAGUUCAGGAAGUUGCCCAAUACUAGGACCACCGAGUUCACCAGCCAGAUACUGCCGAGAUCAUCUGCAGUCGCCGUCCUCGGGAGCCGGGAGGUGGCGCUCCUUCCCUGCGUCAUCCUCCCCACUCCACCUCCUCCACCAAGCCUGGGUGGCGGGCUGAAAGCUGCCAUAAAUGGAAUGAGAGGAAGGCAGUCAGUGCCUUCCUAUUUGAGAUAUUUGGCCUGAAAGAUAUUUAAACCUUUUUAAUGGUCCCACUCUGGGAAAGGCCAUGGUGCCAAUUUGAAAGGUGCUAGUUACCUGAAGCCUUGAUUUCUUAUGGCUGCGCCUCGUUCUUCCAUCCUGGCCAGGGAGAAACCUGAAAACCGUAUUUCUCUACCUUCACCGCUACCGCUCCCCACCUGGACCCAUCUUUAAGGCUUUUCUCCCAUUCACUUCUCUUAUUUUUUCUUUGUCCCUUCAUGCACUUUGUCAAGAGAGCCCUUCAAUUUCUACUCACAAAUGGCUGUCCCAAGAGUUGAGCCCACAGAUCAUUUGAUUCUUCUGUCCCUCGUCCACCCUAAGAACCUCCAUGUAUCAUGGCAGCAAAGGCCCUCCUCUUGGAGCUUUUCCUGUUAAGACCUUUGGAGAUUGGUUUUCUCCCAUCUUCCCUCCUUCCCUCGGUGGCAGAGUGGGUGAAGCAUCACGGACAGGCCGGGCGUGGUGGCACAAGCCGGGAAAUCCCAGCACUUGGGAGUCUGGAGCAGGGGCUCACAAGUUAGACCGAGGCCGCUCUGGAAGUACAGACAGCCGUGUUUCUCUCUGCCGGACUCCUUUCCUUCGGAUUCAUUUUUCCUGCACAGUAUUUCAGUCCUUUCUCUCUUAUUCAUUCAUACUCAUCCUCCCUCCCUCUCCCUUCCCUCUGUUUAAGAGGAUGCUCUGUGUGGAACUAAAGAACUAAAGGGACUCCCGGUAUUAAGUUGAGGGACCGGGAAUGGGUUUUAAAUAUGUCUGGGUGGGGAUGGGACAGUGGCCUUCUGUUUUCCUAAAACUGGAGACCAAAGCAGCUGGAAGUUUUAAUGUGUUGGUAACCAAAACUAAAAAGACAAAAACAACACUUGGAGAGCCUGGGGGAGACAGGCAACCUGAUUGGAGUACUGAAGGACGGGGAUGGAAAUGCAGGUUCAUUUAAAAUGCUAACAUGGACUCUUGUGAACACUGUACUAGCGAAUAUUCUCUGUUGCACUGUACGAAGUCUCUGAAGUGUAAUUAAAAGUUUUUAUUCAGCC